AUGAUCCCAGUCGAGGUUCUUCCUCCAAAUGUCACCUGUGCUGGGCCAAUCAUUCUGUCGGGGCCACCAGCUGAUCAACAAGAUCCUGGAACUGCAGCUUGGCUCAAGAAAGCUCCUACAGUGCUCAUUAAUCUCGGCAGUAAUCUUGCUGUAGGUCAUGAAGAAUACGAGAAUGCACGUGUAGCUAAUGCUUGGCAGUAUGACGAAAGUCGUGCUGGAGUCAUGGCGACCUCCAUCGCAGCGUUACUAUCCACUACUGAUUACCAGGUCCUAUGGAAAUUCAAUAAGCUGGGAGACUUCUCUGAUGAACUUUUGGUGAACUUGAAGCCCUACCUCGACAACGAGCGACUAAAGAUGCCAAGUUGGCUUAUGGCAGACCCGGCGUCACUUCUCGAGACCGGGAACAUUGUUACUUCAGUACAUCAUGGUGGUUCGAACUGCUAUCACGAAGCCCUUGCAGCCGGUGUCACGCAAGUAGUACUUCCCUUGUGGGCAGACCUCUACAACUAUGCUGCUCUAGCUGAGACAAGAGGCAUUGGGGUUUGGGGUUGCAAGGAUUCAACGCCCAACUGGACGAGUGAGUGCUUGCUGGAUGCCUUCAUGAAAGGAAUAGAUGGUUGUGGUGAGAGUUUCUUACAAAGACGAGCAAAAUGGCUGGGUGAUAGGAUCAAGGCAGGGAAGAAGGGGCGUGAUGUUGCAGCUGACGAGAUUGCCAAACUGGCAUACGUGAGAUGA